AUCAAGCAGGCGAAAACGUUGAGCGAUAGGAAGUGGAUCAGUACGCGCAUCCGUAAACGGUUUCAUUGGCCCAGACCUCAAUGCGUGACAUAUAUUUAUAUGGAUUCUCAAGUGCAAUUACCUGGCAACUCUGACUGAUUUUUCUGUUGAGACGAAUGAUUUUAAAUGAAUUUUAAAAAGUUUACACAUAAGCAAAAAUUGCAUGUACAUAUCGAGCGUUUAUUUUUAAUACACUCUCUCUGUAAUUUUGACGACAAUGAGUUUCUGGCGUUAACUACACUCACUUCAAGAUGAUUACCCGACUACGCCAUCUCUGCGUCGCUUUGUGCUUCAUGGGCAUUGCUUCCCGAGUAGUCGCUUUCACCGCCACAGACGCCCUCGAACUAGAUAGUGAAAACUCAGCAGUGCAACUCGCUACUAGCCGUUACAACCACUUCCGUCUGCCCAGAUCGAUCAAACCACAAAAAUACACAUUACAUGUGAUCACACAUCUUGAGAAUCCCGAAAAUCUCACGUUUGUCGGUGAAGUUGCAAUACAUUUGAUAGCGCUUGAGGAUACAAGCAACAUCACGCUGCAUGCGCUCAAUCUUACCAUCAAUAGCAACGAAAUAUUGCUGCACGAUCUGCGUGCCAAGGAGAGUGAACAGAAGAAUUGUGUGCAUGCCACGGAAAUAAAUGCCUACCAUGACUACUACAUCAUGUAUUUGUGCGAACCAUUACUCAAGGGCAGGGAAUACAUACUCACCAUGCCAUUCUCGAGUAUUUUGAAUUUGAACUUGCGUGGCUAUUAUCGCAGUUCAUAUGUAGAUCGUGCGAGUAAUCUAACUAGAUGGCUUGCAGUCACACAAUUCGAACCAGCUUCAGCUCGUUUGGCAUUUCCGUGCUUCGACGAGCCGGACUACAAAGCAAAAUUUGUUGUUAUACUUGGACAUGAUAAGAAGUACACAGCACUGAGUAAUAUGCCACUGAAGGAGACUCGCCCCAUGGCCGACAAAAAGGAUUGGGUAUGGAGCGAGUUCGAAGAGUCAGUGCCAAUGUCGACCUAUCUAGUCGCUUAUACUAUCAACGAUUUCGCAUAUGUAAACUCGGAAACUAGUUUAAAGAACAAGGUGCAAUUUCGCACUUGGGCACGUCCAGACGCCAUUGAUCAGUGCAAUUAUGCGGCCGAGGUUGGUCCUAAAGUGUUGCAAUACUAUGAGGAUAUCUUCAAUAUAAAAUUCCCUUUGGAUAAAAUUGAUGAGAUCGCUAUACCAGAUUUUAGCGCUGGUGCUAUGGAGAACUGGGGUCUUGUCACCUAUCGUGAAACUGCCUUACUCUAUGCCGAAAAUGUUUCAUCCCUAGAAAGCAAACAACGUGUCGCUUCUGUCAUAGCCCAUGAGCUGGCCCAUCAAUGGUUUGGCAAUUUGGUCACAAUGAAAUGGUGGCAGGAUCUGUGGUUAAAUGAAGGUUUCGCCACUUAUGUAGCCAGCUUGGGUAUCCAGCAUAUAAAUCCUGAUUGGCGUGCACUGGAAAAAGAGUCCGUUGAUAAUACUUUGGCCAUUUUCAAGCUAGACGCGCUCAAGAGCAGUCAUCCAAUUUCACAGCAGAUAAAUCAUACAAACAAAAUUGCAGAAAUUUUCGACUCGAUCUCGUACAAAAAGGGUUCAACCGUUCUACGCAUGAUGCAUCUCUUUCUCGGCGAUGAGGCAUUUCGCGCCGGCUUACAUUAUUACCUCAAGAAACACGCUUACGCCAAUGCAGAACAAGAUGAUCUCUGGUCCGCACUUACGGAGGCAGCACACAAAUACCGUACAUUACCCAAGUCUUUCGACAUCAAAACCAUCAUGGAUUCGUGGACAUUACAAACCGGUUACCCAAUCAUUACGGUAACACGCGAUUAUGAACGUAAAAUAGCCAAAGUGACACAAAUGCGAUAUUUACUCGAUACAGUCGUCUCCCGGAAUGCCGAGCGCAACUGCUGGUGGGUGCCGUUAAGCCACACUUCCCAAAAUGAGAAUAACUUUGCUGAUACUACACCGAAAAACUGGCUACAGUGUAGCGAAAUGAAUGAGCCCGUCACGAAGACACUUGGGGAUAUGCCCAGCCAAGAUGAAUGGAUCCUUUUCAACGUUCAAAUGUCAGGUCUGUACAAAGUUAAGUAUGACGGACGCAAUUGGAAUAUGUUGAUUGAGACACUGACCAGUGAGGCUUAUGAAAAGAUCCAUGUGAUCAAUCGUGCGCAUCUCAUCGACGAUGCUUUGACAUUAGCUUGGACAGGUGAUCAGGAUUAUGACAUCGCAAUGCGUUUGAUUGAGUACUUGGUGCGUGAACGAGAGUACAUACCGUGGAAGGCCGCUCUAGACAAUUUACGUGAUGUUAAUAGAAUUUUGCGACAAACUCCAGAAUACGAGUACUUUAAGAAAUACAUGCGCAAAAUACUCGCCCCUAUUUACGUUUUCCUUGGCGGCUUGAAUGUGACCAACGAAGCCAACAUCGCGCCACACACUAUUCUCCACAAAGAGCUCAUCGCCAGCUGGGCUUGCCGCUUUGAAGUAGAAGAUUGCAUACCACGCGCACAGCAUUACUUCAAGCAAUGGCGCGGCGUACCUAAUCCCGACGAAUAUAAUCCAGUACCGAAGGAUUUGCGCUCGGUCAUCUAUUGCACAUCCAUACGUCAUGGCAAUGAGGAUGAUUGGCAAUUCCUUUGGGCACGUUACAAAAACUCCAAUGUAGCAGCUGAGAAGCGUACCAUUAUUUCCGCGCUGGGUUGCUCACGCGAAAUUUGGAUUCUACAACGUUAUCUAGAAUGGGCAUUCGACAGCGAGAAACAUAUACGUAGACAGGAUUCCACCUUUGCUUUUGGUGCUGUGGCGCAUGGAGAAGUUGGCUUCCAUUUAGCCCGUAACUAUUUCAUCAACAACAUUGAGUUCCUGCAUGAGUACUAUGAACCCAACGGCUCAGAGCUUCGACGCCUACUCUCUCCUAUCGCCAGUCAAAUGAGUAGUGAACGUGAAUACGAGACAAUGCGGACGUUCUGUGAUGAAAACAAGCAGCUGCUACGCAAGGUCGAACAGGGAGUCCAACAAGCUUUGGAAACAAUCAAGAUAAACGCGCAGUGGAAGGAACGUAACUUAAAUGAGAUCUCACGUCAUCUGCGCAGUCGAGUAACAGAUAACGUUUGGGCUGCAAACCCAAUAUAAUUCAACUUAAAAGUAGUUAUUAAUAUAUGUUUAGUUUUGUGUAGUCCUCCGGAAGCCUUUUAUGGCAUUAUUAUUUUAUACAAUCCACAAAAACCAUAUAUUAUUAUUUAAAAUUUUCACCAGCUCAUGAGUAAUAAAAGGGGAGAGAUAUGUGGAAAAAUAUUAAAGUAAAUAAAAUUUAAU